AUGGAAAAUACUUUCGAAAGACGUUUGGUAAAGAAAUCAGUAAAGGAACGUUUGGGUAAAGGCAAUCGCCAGAAUAAUGUUACUGAUCUUCGAAUCAAAAUUCUAAGCUCGCCGAAAGGUGCUCCUGCACGGAUUGAUGCUCGCAAAAUUUUGGCACAGAGGCGUUCAUUUGGAAGAGUUAAAAAUAUACGUGAUGCUAUUAAAAAUAAAUCAAAUGUCCCAUUUCUUAUUCCUAGACGCACGAUAUCAAAUGAAUAUUUUACGGGAGUUAGAACGUCCCCGACUCUAUUAAAACAGAAUUCCAGUGUCAGAAUACCUCAACAACAACCUUUAGUUCGGUCUGUUCAAAAUUCGGGAGCUGCUGAUUCCAUUCUUAGUCCUAUACAAGGAUAUAGGGUUGAAGUUAAAAAUCUUCUUCGGUCAGUUACUAUUGACGAUGUUUAUGAGUUGUUUGCAGGUGUAGGAGCUCUGCGUUCGUGCAAUUUUGUGCAACCAUCAGUGGCGCACGUCAUCUUCAAUUCGGCUAAAGAUGCCCAAUUAGCGGUGGCUCGGUACAAUAAUCGUGAAUUAGAUGGCAAACCAAUGCAUGUAAAAUUAUUGACGUCUAUACCUCCGUCAUCUUCUCUUCAGCCCAGCAGUCUACAGUCUUCCGAAGGCUUGACCACCCAAAAAAGAAAGCCUGGAAAUGCGGUGGCAAAUCUAAGUAGUGAAAUUAUUACUCGAGGCCUUCACAACAAUGGCUCGAAUUCGGGACGUCCGGUCGUAUUUCAUGUCAACCUAUAA